AUGGACCCUCUGUGGAUCCUCCUGGGACCCUCUCAGGAUCCUCCUGGGACCCUCCGUGGACCCUCCCAGGACCCUCCGUGGACCCUCCCGGGACCCUCUGGGGCUGAGACGGCCGGGAUCCUCCUGGGACCCUCUCAGGACCCUCCUGGGACCCUCCGUGGACCCUCCCGGGACCUUCCUGGACCCUCCCUGGAUCCUCCCUGGANCAACCUGGGGGUCGUGGCCGUGGCCGGGGCCGACCCCCACGGCCGGGACCCCGCGCUGUACUCGGCGCGGUGCCCGCACCUCCGGCCGCGGCUGUGGCAGCUCGGGGCGCCGCUGGAUGUGGGGUUUUGGGGGCGCUGGUGGCUGCUGGAGGAGGCGCUGAGGGACAGCGACAUCAACGAGGAGGAGUUCGGGCACCUCCCGGAGCGGCUGCGGCGCCUGGAGCCCCGGGAGCUGCGCUCCGAGAGGAACGAGAGGCUCCACAGAGAGAGGCUGCGGGCUGUGGUGCUGAGCGAGGAGGAGAUGAGGGACUGAGGGGACGGGAUACUCCGGGGAUACUCAGGGGAUGCUCAGGGGAUACUCAGGGGAUGCUCAGGGGAUGCUCCAGACUGAGAGGGAUGGGAUCCUCCAGGGAUGCUCAGGGGAUGCUCUGGGACUGAGGGGCUGGGAUCCUCAGGGGAUGCUCAGGGGAUCCUCUGGGGCUGAGAUGGAUUGGAUCCUCAGGGGAUGCUCAGGGGAUCCUCUGGGGAUCCUCUGGGGAUCCUCUGGGGCUGAGAUGGAUGGGAUCCUCACAGGAUCCUCAGGGGAUGCUCAGAGGAUCCUCCAGGGAUCCUCUGGGGAUCCUCUGGGGCUGAGAUGGAUGGGAUCCUCACGGGAUGCUCACGGGAUGCUCACGGGAUGCUCCAGGCUGAGAUGAAUGGGAUCCUCCGGGGAUCCUCCGGGGAUGCUCAGAGGAUGCUCAGAGGACCCUCCGGGACUGAGAGGGAUGGGAUCCUCACAGGAUCCUCAGGGGAUGCUCAGGGGAUCCUCCGGGGAUCCUCUGGGGAUCCUCUGGGGCUGAGAGGGAUGGGAUCCUCACGGGAUGCUCACGGGAUGCUCACGGGAUGCUCCAGGCUGAGAUGAAUGGGAUCCUCCGGGGAUGCUCAGAGGAUGCUCAGAGGAUGCUCAGAGGAUGCUCAGAGGACCCUCCGGGGCUGAGAGGGAUGGGAUCCUCACGGGAUCCUCAGGGGAUCCUCAGGGGAUCCCAACCUGGGGGUCGUGGCCGUGGCCGGGGCCGACCCCCACGGCCGGGACCCCGCGCUGUACUCGGCGCGGUGCCCGCACCUCCGGCCGC